UUUAAUUAGUCAUUUUACCUGUUACAAUACAAUAAAAUUAAGCAAAUUUAAUAGGAUUGAAAAACUACAUUAAUGUUAUCGGUCCUCAAAUUAUGACAAUUAUCAAUUAAUUUGAGUACCGGUAUUGUAGAUUUUUACUAAGAAGACCUCUUCUUUUUUACAACAUCUUCAACAUUUAACACCUAACACCCAACACCUUCCUAUGCAUAGUAAAAAAUAUAUUAUUGUAGGCAUUUGUUUAGCUCUGUUUUCGGUGUAAUAAAUCACGGAAAAAUUGUAUUUUUGUAAUAACAAUUUCAGAAAUUUAAUUGUUUUCUUAUUUAGAACUGAAUGAUUUUAUGAAAUUGGUAAAUGUAUUUGCACCAAUCGCCUCAACACUGAAUCAAUCGUCUCCACUAAUGAAAGUCCUAAAUAAAUAUAAAUCCACUGAACACGACAAUCAUUACGAGCUUGAUUUUUCAUAUCUAAAACCUUUUACUACAUAUGUGCAAUUUUACAUCAAGAAAUACCAAUCGUUUCGAUUUUUUAAGUCGGUCAUCUUUCAAAACGAAGAUAUCCGAACCGAAGAUAUUGAUCCGUCCACGCACAAUAUCUGCUGCGCCUAUUUACAUUUCGAGUCACCUUAUUGUCAGGCUAUGCUGAUCACAUUAUCAGUUUGCAAAAACUAUACAAUCCAUAACGGUAAUAUUGAACUAGACGCGCCUUCAAAUCGCUUUGUAAUUGACUAUCCAUAUAUUAACGUGGAACAAUUUCUCUGGUACGAGACGAAACUUCCGACACCGCUGGCUGCUCUUCGCACAAGAGGAGUGUCAAACGUCGUGAUAAAUUUUAAACCUGGAGUAAACGUGUUGAAAAUAUGGGGUGGACUGCCGGCCAAGUAUUCGCUGACAAUCGAAUCGACUGUAGACUUCUCCCUCUUACAUACAGUGCAAGCCGUUUACGAAAAACUCAACGAUCAACCCAAAUCGUUGACGGCCUUACUCGUGUCUACAAAGCAAACGUUUUCAAAUCUAUGUUCUACGGAGCCAAAUACAGGUGACCGUGGACAAAACUUACAAAAGUUUUACUCUUCGUUUAUGCCACAGUCCGCCAACAACGAAACCGAAUUGAAGAAAAUUGAAAGAUUAUCGAAUAUUUCGAAACAAGUUCAAACAGCCAUGGUUAACUGUUUAGAGAGUAAAUCCCUUAAUGAUGUUAACGCUACUACAGAAAUAUACACGGAAUUACAAGAAUUAUUACAAAACAAAACAUUGGGACUAAAACAGAUUUCCGCAUUUGUUUUAAAACAAAAAAUAAUACAUAAACCAAAGCCAACUCAAAGUACUAAAAAAUUGAAAAACGAAAGGUCUAUGGUGAUAAAAAAAUCUCUUAUCAGAUCUAAAAUUACACAUGGUAAAAGUACUCCCACGACAAAUGUGUCCAAAGUGCAUACUAAACCAACGGUAUCAAAAAUUAUUUAUGCAAAUAUGUUUGAAGUAUUAUGCAAUGUAUUUCAUUCUGACGAGAUUGACUUGAAUGAAUAUCAUUUUAAAAAUGAUUUAUUUAACUAUAUGAUUACUAUUAAUUUUGAUGAGAAUACUACAAAACCUAUUGAUGCGUUGUUAUUGUUUCGUCUAGAACUCAACACACAUUCGACAUCAGAAUUGGUGCCGACAAUUUUGAAAUUUUCACAUAAAAAUAACAACAAUUGCAAUACUAGUUUAACGUUGAUCGACAACGAUACUCAAAUGGAAGUGAUACCAUCGAACAUUGAAAUGAAUAUGUAUAUGGUUCGUAAUACCACUAAGGGAUACUCGCUAAUAGCGUGGACUUCGGAAAAAAUUCCAGAUUUGAAAAACUUUUCUUAUAAACUGGAAUUAUUUGGACGUCCGUAUGAGAUAUUACACUCGUGCGGCAAGCUAAAGCAUUAUAUUUCACACAAAUACAACACAACUGUAUGUGAUAAUAUUUACACGCCUGAUUUUGUUAAUAAGCAUGUGAGAAAUAGGUUUUAUAAGCCUAAUGCUGAGAACCUAUUGGCUAGGGCGAUACUGAACAUCGAAAAAGCAGCUUUAUACACAAUAUACUGUCAUCUAGAACACUUUGAUGAUGUAAUGAUGGAAAUGCGAGUAGUAGACAUGAAUCUUACUGCUGGUGGUCCUACAGUAUUUGCAUCGUGUCGUACACGCGGAAAAAUAGCAAUGAUUCCAGCUAUAUUUUUAGAUCCAAAUUUCAACAACAAUACUCAAAUUUUAAAUUCUAACCAAAUAGGUGACCAGAUGAAUUCAUCAGGAACUUCAGAAUCUACAACUGAAAACUCGACAAAAUUAGUAUUUGUAAUCGAGGUUAUUUUAAUCAAGAAUAUUGACAUUGAUUACAUUAAUAUGAGAAAUGACACAAACCAAUAUGAUUGGACAAUUUCGUGCACUUACGAUAAAAAGCUCACAGGUAUUACACUGGAAACAAGUGUUGUAGACUAUAAUGAUUUCCUUUUUAUCAGUUCAAUACCACACCAAAUUCAACCACCUACUAUUUUACAGAAAUCAACAGUCGUAUCAAAUUCAAAUGUUACCAACCAAAUGGAUAGUUCAACACCAAAUUUGAAUUACCAUGCAUUGUUUGAACUCAUGACAGCCAGUCAAGAUGUAAUCAGAGAACGAUUCGUGGAUAAUCAUUCGAAUGAGUUAUUAAUUGAAAAAACAAUUGGACUAAUAAAUAAAAUAAAAGAAAUAACUACUCUGCAAGAUACUACCACACACAUUUUAAAUAAAGCCAUGGAUAAUAAAAAUGAGAGCCGUCAUAAUUUGGUGGAUGAAUUAAAUAAACAGGUCUUUAGUUUCCUUCAACUUCCACGUAAAUCAAAUCUGAACGUAAAGCAAUCACGGAUGUCGAAAAAGAAGUCACGUGUCGCGUAGAUGUAACAAAUCAAACUAAAAUAAUAUUCCUAAAUAUAAUUUAAUAAUACAUUUGUAUAUUUCAAGUGUAUAUUCCAGCGAUUAUCGCAUUAAUUUUGAUAUUUUUCUUAUUUUCUUACCUACAUAAAAUACAAAUAGUAUUAAUGUUCUAAUCAUUAUUGUUUAAUAACCUAUUUUCAAAAUAUAAUAAAACCAAAUCUUAUAGGCCAUUGAAUGUGGAUGAGUUUCAAUUUCGAUUUUUUUUUUUUUUUUGUGGGGUUAGGUGCAGACAAUUUUUUAUAUAAAAAAGAUUGGUUUAAAUAUAGUUCAUCAUAAGUGUGGUGUAUUGAUUUCGUGGGUAUAUCACAUUUUAGGCUUUUGUAAUUUGUAGCAACCUUCAAACAAAUUACAAUUUUAAUACAUUGGGGUUACGUCUCACUAGUGUUUGAAGUAUGAGAAAUAUUUCAAUGUUUUGUGAAAUAUUGGA